AUUAGUUGGCAACGCGAGACACAUCCGCGCAUCUUUUUCCACCAUUUAUCCAUAAAAAAAUUGUUUUGCUUAGAAAAAUAUGGCAAAAGUACCGAACAAAUGGCUAAAGAACACAUGCCGAGUGUGCGGCAAAUACGCCAGUUUCAAGAAAUCUUUCAAAAUAUUUGAUAAAGCCAAUAAAAAGCUGCUAGGCAAUAUAGAAACGCUCACGGGCCUACGGCUGGAAAGCUAUCUAUGCUUGCCCGAGCUGAUGUGUGAGUGCUGCAACAUUGAAUUAACAAGUGCCGUCAGGUUCCGGGACCGCUGCAUCAGCGCACAGCGUGAAUUACUAGCGGGACUCACCAAACAGCAGCAGGAGGGCAUACCCGAGAAAUACAAGGCACUUAUAAUGGGAAAUGAAACAUUAACGCCGUCAGCAGAUGAUCAAGAAACCGAAGGUGACUCAGAACCUGAAACCGAAAUGGAGCGAGAAAUCGAGCCUGAUUACCAGCAUGCGGACGAUGAUGACCUGGUCAAAUUGCUACCGGAAAGUAGUGGAACUGUUACGAAAGUAAAAUAUGAAAUUGGCCCUGACAUGACGGAUUUUAUUGAGGCUGACGAGGAUGACAAUGAGUCGUUGGUGGAGGAGACGCAAUACGAAUGCCUCAUGGCAGACGAUGAUGGGAAUAUAGUGAAAAUUGAGAACAUGUCGAAUCAACUCAUUGUGCCCGAUCCCACGGAGGUCUAUCUGUAUGACUCUGACGACGAGGUGGCCGUUCUGGACAAUGUACUCGAUGAUGAAUAUGAGCAUGAGAAUGCUGUGAAAAAGAGCAGCCUGCCGCCAAAGCCAAAGAUUAAACCCGAAGAUCCUCGUCGCAGGGGGGCAGGCGGUGUUUACAUUUGCGAGCAAUGCGGCAAUCACAUAAAGGGACGCAUGGCAUUCGAGUUGCAUUGCCGUCGGCAUCGCGGCGAGAAGGAUUUCCAGUGCGAAAUCUGUGACAAAUGCUUUUGCACCACUUCAGAGCUUAAGCGCCACAUGCGUAAGCACACCGGAGAGCGCCCCUUUGCCUGCCAGUACUGUGGACGCUGCUUCUCCGACUACACGACGCGCGUCAAGCACGAACGCACCCACACCAACGAGCGCCCCUACGUGUGUGGCACCUGCGGCAAGGCUUUCACCACGGGCUACAUUCUGAAAAACCAUAUGUUAACACAUUCCGGCUUGCGCUCUUAUAGAUGCGAGCUCUGCGAUAAAUCUUUCAUGCUUCCCACUCAUCUCAGCACACAUAGGCGAACCGGGGUACACAAGCGUACUUUGGAAAAGUAUCAGUUGAAGCAGCAAAUGCAGCACGACCCCGCCCUUCAGCUCAAAUUGGAAAUGGAUGAGGAGAGUUUGCAUAUGCAGGAUUAAUAAAAUACUUGUUUAAUUAUCACCGUCAAAUAAGAUCACAAAAAACCUAUUCUAUAUUAGAUAAAAUAAAAGAAUAUAAUUAA